UGCUCCUUUUUUGACGAAUUUAAAUGACGAGGAGCGACACGCGCAUGUGUUGAACUGGCACAAUCGCACUUAUUUUUCUUCAUCACAUGUAGAUUGCACGAUUGAUGUUAUAACCAAGUUAUUAAAAAUUAAUUUACAAUAAAUUAAGUUUCAAAUAAUAAUCCUUAUGGCACCAGGUGACGAUACUGACAGCGGAAUGGGGUCCCAAAACGAAAGUGAAGCAGGAAGGAGUGGAAUUAUUUCCGACAAAAGUGACCUGACCAGUGGAAGUGUUGCACUAAAGGAGGAUAUUGAUGAGCCCGAUGAAACACUGUCGGAGAGGUUAUGGGGUUUAACGGAAAUGUUUCCUGAACCUGUUAGAAACGCAACAUACACAGUUGCGACGACAACCAAAUCAUCAUUGCAAGGUCUUUACGGAUUUUCACGGUCCGCCUUUUGGGUCCUUUUUAGUUCCUCUAUUAUUUUAUUUGCCCCUGUCAUAUUCGAAGUCGAAAGGGUGCAAAUGGAAGAAGCGCAAAGAACUCAACAGAAACAGAUGCUACUCGGACCAAAUACCGCAGUUUCCAGUGGGGGAUUACCUCUAAUGCCCCAAAUGCGUCAUUAGUGAUUGUUACACCAAACUUUAAUACUGGCUAGACUAUUAAAUUUUUUUACUUUAUUUCGUUUAUAGAAUUAAAAUAAAAUGUGAGUUCAAGACUAAUUGUACUACAGUUUUGCUAGUGGAACACGUACUUCUGCUUCAAAUUGCUAAAUAUCUAAUUGUCUUGCAUUUAUUCCUGGUGAAUGUUUAAAAUGUGCCAUACUUUCAAUUGAUCUAUUUUUAGAAAGUAGGUAUAACUUUGGAUUGCUUUAUUUUUAAACAUGAAACUGCAAAAGCAACAUUACCUGCUUGACGACAUUUGAUUUUAGUGCUUUGAAGUAGAGUUGGUCAUUGUCUCAUUAUACCUUCGUCACAUUUA